AUGUAUUUUGAAGAUUCAAUUGAACGUGUAACAUUGCAAUGGAUACGAGACGAUAAAAUAAAUAGUGUCAUUUUUUCUCAAGAAAACAUACCUACAAAAUAUAUAAUUACAGUUUUAACGAAUAAUAUUAUUCGUGUUCGAGUUUGGCCUAAAGGAACACCAAUUACUACACGUACAUGGGCUAUUGUUGAUAAAGAAACGAAUGAUGUUCCAUAUGAAGGUCGUCUUCGUCAUGAAAUCCCACUAAAUAAUUAUAGUAAUGAUAUUUGUAUUUUCAAUGUAACUGAAGAAGAAAAUUAUGUUAUAAUAUCUACUGACAAUCUUAAUUGUAAAAUUCAUCUACAUAAACCAUUUGCAAUAACAUGGGUAGUAAAUACUGAUAUUCUUUUACAAGAUAAUCCUGUUUGUAGUUAUCAAUAUAAUUAUUCAACGGAACAAUUUCGUCAUACACUAUCACGACCUUCAUCAGAUGAUGAUUAUUAUUAUUAUGGUUUAGGUGAAAAAAGUGGCCCAAUUAAUAAAAAAUUUCGUCGAUAUCGAAUGAGAAAUAUGGAUGCUUUUGGUUAUAAUGCUGAACAUAGUGAUCCACUUUAUAAACAUAUUCCAUUUUAUAUAACAUUACGACAUGAUCAUGCAUUUGGUUUAUUUUAUGAUACAACCUAUGAUUGUACAUUUGAUAUGGGUUGUGAAAUAGAUAAUUAUUUUGGUGAUAUGUUAUAUUUUGAAAGUAAAGAUCCUGAUCUUGAUUAUUAUUUUAUAAAUGGUCCUUUAAUUGAACAUAUUAUUGAACAAUAUACAACAUUAACUGGUCGUUGUCCAUUAGCACCAAAAUGGACACUUGGUUAUUUAGGUUCAGCAAUGAAAUAUACUGAUGCAAUAAAUGCACAAGAUUCAUUAAAAAAAUUUAUUGAUAAAUGUUCAAAAUAUGAUAUUGAAUGUACUGGUUUUCAUUUAUCAUCUGGUUAUUCAAUGAAUAGUGAUGAUGGUAAACGAUAUGUAUUUGUUUGGGAUAAAAAACGUGUACCAUCACCACAAACACUAACAGAAAAUUUUCAUCGUGCUGGAAUGAAAAU